UCCACGCCGCAGUCUGACGCCUCCUCGCUCUCCCUCCUUCUCGGGGAGCCAGCAAACACCUGGAGAGUGAAAUCAAACUGGCUCCGGCGAAGAUGGAGAGUUGGCCCCUGCGCCUUUAAGACUGCAUGUGGUCCACAUCUCGCUGCUCCCAUGGCAGGCUCUGUGGGUGCACGCUUUCAAAGUUUGACUGGGGAAUAGAGGUAACAGUGGAGGAGGAGGAGGAGGAGAAGGUGGAGGAGGAGGAGGCAGCGGCAGCAUCGCCCCGCCGGGAGUGAGACAAGAGAGGAAGACGCACACAUUGAACAUCUGAGGUGGAGGGGAAAAGGACCGCGGCUCGUCUGGGAGUGUCCGGCCAGAAGAACAGAGCGACAGAUGACUGAGCGGAUUGCCGAUUUAUAAAUGGAAAACACAAGAAGGUUAAUAUAACACAGUGUUGGCUGAAAAGGAGGGACUCCCGGCUGCAGCCUGCCCCCCCCUCAGCCAUGCCUCUCGUAUUCCGCACGCUGCUGUUCGGCUUCGUAACGCUGCUGGUUGUGCUUUUGAUAAUUGAUGAUAUUGCAGAAGUGGAAGAAGAAACUGCAAAUAAUGGACAUUCAAAGAAGAUGCACUUACACCGGCUCAUCCCUAAACCCCACAGAAAGGCUGUGGUGCAUGUGGAUCCCACCGCACUGACGAGGCCGAGCGUAGAGACGGGUCGUGAUCGCCCGAGCUGCAAUAACACUGCCAAACACUCGUCAAGCAGCUGGACUUUCAAUAAGACCCUCUCCAGCCUCAUCAGAAAGAAUAUUCUGAGAUUCCUUGACCCGGAGAGAGACAUCUCGAUUCUGAAGGGCACGCUGAAACCAGGAGAUAUCAUCCACUACGUGUUUGAUCGCCACAGCACCACAAACAUCUCGGAAAAUCUCUACCGUCUCUUGCCAACUGUGUCUCCCAUGAAGAACCAACAUCACAGGCGCUGCGCCAUAGUAGGAAACUCUGGGAUCCUGCUGAACAGCAGCUGUGGACCUGAGAUUGACUCUCACGACUUUGUUAUCAGGUGUAACCUGGCGCCAGUGGAGGGCUACUCUCAGGAUGUCGGGUGGCGGACCAACCUGGUGACCAUGAACCCUUCGGUGGUGCAGCGGGCCUUCCAGGACCUGGUCAGCGACGAGUGGAAGGAGCGCUUCCUGCAGCGCCUUCGAAGCCUCAGCGGCAGCGUGCUGUGGAUCCCGGCCUUCAUGGCCAAGGGGGGAGAGGAGCGCGUGGAGUGGGCUCUCCGCCUCAUCCUGCUGCACACCGUGGACGUACGCACCGCCUUCCCGUCACUGCGCCUUCUUCACGCUGUCAGAGGGUACUGGCUCACGAACAACGUCCACAUCAAGCGUCCGACCACCGGCCUCCUCAUGUAUACGAUGGCCACUCGCUUCUGUGAGGAGAUCCACCUUUACGGCUUCUGGCCCUUCCCUCUCGACCCGCAGGGCAAACCCGUCAAAUACCACUACUACGACACUCUGAAGUACGAGUACACGUCCAGCUCCAGUCCACACACCAUGCCCCUGGAGUUCAGGACAUUGAGCACGUUGCACAGACAGGGGGCGCUCCGGCUCCACACUGGCACCUGCGAAGCGGAGCAGAGACCGAAGCGGGAGGAUCUCCAGAGCAAAUAGCUGGCUGGGAGAUCUCCAUGGAAACCCGCAUACUUGACUGAGCAGACCUAGAACAAACAGUUUUCUUUUUGCUUUCAUGAAACUUGAAUUAACUUAUUUUCAGCGACGGGAAUGAACGUUUUCUAUUUCAAGCUCUGAGAGUGAGUCAUUUCACUGGUGUGUUUUACCUUAAUGAGAUUUCUAUGGCAACUGUUUACCCUCUGGGCUCAUUAUUACCUGAGGCUACGGGUUUGAGGGAAGCAAACACAUAGACUUUUCUGUUGGGGGGGAAAAAAAGGGAAAUCCCAUUUUACAUUUUUAAUAUCUGUAAUCUGCUGAAAAAAAAUGUGGUACGCAUCUUACAGUGCUCAAUUUAACAUUUUUUAUAUACAGUGAAGGAUCCGUUAUUAAAGCACUAUUAAAAUAAUAAUAAUAAUAAUAAUAAACUAAUAAUAAAAACAAUGAUUGAGGCAAGAGAGGGUUAAAACUUUUUUUUUUUUUAGAAAUGGGAGGAUUGUUAAUAUUCCCACAUAAUAGGGCUCCUUUAAAGCUGUAAAAUAUCAACCGACAACAUGAAGGGCUGCUGAAUCCAUGGCUCCUGCAAGUCAUUGGUUGUGCCACAAGAUGGAAGCACUUACUAAUCAGGGAGACUGAUGACAAAAGCUCACCGACAUUUGUUUUCAAAAUGAUAAACACUUUUGCUUCUAACAUACGUGAUAGGAUGUUCGACAUAUCCUGUAACGGAGAACAUUUUGUGCUUUCUUGUGAAGUACCUUAAGCCGCGCCAGGACGGGUCAUUUACAAGCAAACACUCAAAACGUCCUGUGAGGUCACCUAGAGAACCAAAAUGAAGGAAUGGGAGGGCUUUGGAUUGUACUUUAACGGCUGUGAAGAUAAAGGAGUGUGACAGCUGUUCACAUGCGAAUGUUUACUCAGACUCAGCCAACGGUAAACUCACUCUGCAGACUUUCCUCAAAGAGCACCAGCCCCGUUUCUGCACUGGAAAUGUCGGCUCUGUGGUCAGACAGCUGUAAAAGCUCUUUUUAAAAUGAAUGUACUGGUGAUUUUCUUACAAACGCUGUGUGAAAUGCACCUCGUAAUGUGCUUUAAACGAAUUCCUGGUCACAAUUAAUAACCGUUUCAGUGCAGCAACUCUGAGAGGAGGACGCGCUGGAAACUCUUACACCUUUAUAACUUGAACUGAUGUAUGAAUUGUACUUGUAAAGGGAGUUUUUUUGAAUUAAAACGAUGUAGUAGAUUGAGAAGUAUUAGUGGAUUCGAUGCUAUUUUGUGCCUAAUAAAUCUCCGUUCACAUGCCCAGAACGAUGGAAUAAGAGUGACAGGUUUGAUUUAAUGUUGUCACUUCUGAAAACCAGUUAUUAAUUAUACACUAUAAACGAUGUAAACACUAUACAGUAUAAUCAGAAUGUGCAAAAAAAAACAAAAACAAAAAAAAAAACUAGGCUGCAGACUUGUCUUUAAGUAUAAGUGUUCAGGGAAGAAACUUUUUCAAUAUUAAUUUUAAGGCCAAUAGCGUACCAGUGGUUACAACCAAUUAUAUUUUUAUACUUCCAAGUAAAAGUGAUUUUAGCGGUCGACUCCGGGCGUUAGGCCAGGCUGGGUAAUUUUUCAGAAAAUUUUCAAAAAAUUCAAUAUGUCUCCGUUAACAAAAUUUAACAGAAGCAUUUGAAAUAUUCCGCAGGUAAACAAGCAGCCUCUCAUGUGCUCCCAGCCAUGUGAUUCGCCCAUAAAAGUGUUGUUCUGACAGGAUGUUGACUCGCAUGUCGGCCUUAUCACGCCGCCAAUUAAGUUAAGAAUAGACAUGAAAGUUGUACCAGAGACGUCAGCAGUCUGAGGCAAUGAAAGGGUUUAUUUGUGAGGGCUCGUCUGAGCCUGGCAAAAAAUAGAAGCAUUCUGUGACCAACACUAUUAAGUUAUUUUACCCAGAACCAGGAAUUUGCCACCGUUUCGAAGACUCGUCGACAUGUCGUUCCUGGUCUGGAGACGGUUGUGUUGCGUAGGUUUAGAUUUCGCUCAUGUGUAACGUGUGCUAACUUCCGUCCGAAACACCUAGCAAACAACUGCUAGCUCCUGCAUGUCUGUCGCGUCUCAUAUAAACUUGAGUGUAUUUAAACUUUUGUUUUUGAAAUACUUAGUAUGACCACUGGACUCUUACAUUUUACAGUUACGACAGUGUGAAUGUAGUGGAAAACACACAAAAAAAACAAAAAUUCGUCCCUUAAAACAGUUGAACACUUCAAACGAAGCAGUUUUAUUUCAGUAGUGUUUCAAAGAAGUGGAAACUGAGGAAACAGACGUGGAUACAAAUAACAUCUGCGUCACAAAACCAAAGCGAGCGCUCGUUUUCCAUAAGCUCCCGAAACGAUUCGAGCAUCUCUCGGUUUAAAAUGUGGGAUGAGACAAAUUAGGUCGAGACGUCGUAGCUGCCACUUUGAUUUAUUUUACAACAGUGGCUUUCUGCAGCGGAUGAUUCACUUCUAAUAAAAAUCCACAAUUAGCAACUUUACACACACAUAAAAUGAGAGACAUUGUCAGCUGGGGGACAUAUAUACUCGCCUGAGACAAAGUGAGCAGAGACAUAAAAACAGAUAUGCUGCUUUCUGCAUUUACAGUGAAACGUGACAUGGUACAGAAAUUAGUCAGUCAGUCUGGUGGAAAACACGUGUAGUAGCCAACACUGUACUAAAUAACACCAUAUAAAAAUACGUUUGAUUCACAUAAGAUUCAGAGAACGGUUCUAUCAGACAUCCACACUCUCUCCUACAUCCUCCAGUGUAAUAAAAUAACUUUUAACAAAGGAAAAAAUAAAACGUACAAGGUUCUUUCUCCUGGAAAGAAGAUGUUGAAUAGGUUGCACAAGAUUGGUUGUUGUUUUUUUCUUUCUUUCUUUCUUUCUUUUCUUAUUAAACCAUGGAUGGAGGUCAUUUGGGAACAGCUGCACCUGUGGGCCACGGUGCGCUAUCGAAUAACAGUUUGGAUUAAAA